UAGUGGCGCACUUUUAAUACUGAUAAUGACUUCAAACCUUGGGUUCUUUGAUUUAAUGGACAACUUCCUGCCAUCAGAUAAGUGUUUACUAGUGAAUGACUUAGGGUGUACUUCUUACAGUACCAGUGUUUCUUGUCCAAACUCAUCUUGCCUUUGUGUCACUGAGGAUCUACAGCUGAUGGAGCAACAUUAUGCAACUUGUCAUCAUCAUUCAUGUUCACUUUGUGGUUUAAGUUUUAUAUCUUCAAGGCUUCUUUCGAUACAUGAACAAAUUACACAUUGUGGAGCUUUUAAACCAAAGUUGGACUGUUUUCUCGUCGCAUGCCCUCAAAAAUUCUGUGACUCCGCCAAACUUUUCGCACAUGCUUAUGAUUGCCAUGGGCUUCUUCCUGACUCGUCAGUGCUCAUAGGUACAAUGAUAAGUGUCAAAAAUCGCAAUUCUAAUAAAAUCGUAAGAACAUUUUAUAAAAUCAUUGUAUUGAAUACACUUAAUAGCUUCUCUCUUAAGUUUUUCAGUCAACCGGUUUUUUCGUUUUGCAAAAAUAAAAUUUAAUUAGCUACGUUAAUAAAAACAGGUGUCUCUGUCCAGUGUUAGGCUAAACUUCCCGUAGAAUUUGUCCCACUAGUUAUUUAAUGUAAAUAUUGCAUGACGCUCAGACGAAAACGUGUGAGAGUUGUGAGUUACACCAUAACACGAAUAAAUAGAAUAUAAAAAUGAUGCACUUCGUGCACCAGUACGAACAAAUAAAACUGUCUAGUUCAAGAACUCGUAUACUGGUCUGUUUUAACAAAACAUGUCGAAUUAGUGCGUAAUAAGUAGGGUUUCAAAAGUUUAUCCGCAUAAGGUAUUAUACAUAGUUGACAGUUUUCGAUUUUCCAGGUGAGAAUUCAACCAAAUGGUUUAUUUUUAGAACAUUUGAAUUCUUAUUGUCCAUAAUAAUAAUAAACAAUUGUAAAAGUUCUUUGCAUAAUAAUCAUCAUUUUGUAGACAGUAAAUGGAUUGAUGAAAUGCAUUGAAAACAUGAACAACCUUCCGGCAAAAUAAAUGCCAAUAAAACUUUGUAUAACUUAGUUGCAUGAGUCCAAGAAUGUCCGGGUUUGUUGUCCACCGUUGGGAUGAAUCCGCUGAUGGCCAACUCACCCUAGAAAAUAUGCUAAAGAAGCUCAAAUCGGAGGGUUGCAGUUACAUAAAUUACACGUUCAGUCCUGGGACCAAUUUUCCGGAACAUACCCACAACGAAGAUAAACUGGACUGUAUUGUUAGCGGCCAGCUUUCAUUCACUAUGUAUGGAAAGGAAAUUAUAUUAGGUCCUGGUGAUCGUCUUGAAGUUCCUCGCAAUAUACGACAUUCUGCUCGUGUUGUGGGCAAAGAUCCUCUCGUAUUUGUGGAUGCUACACGAAAAUCAUAAAGUUUUUUAAGACCUUGUUUGUGGCUAUUUUGAUCUUAUGGUUGUUUUUAUGUCGCAUGAGUGCUGUCAAUAUAAUGAUCAAAAUUAUUG